AUGGGAAAGAAACGGAUUCGUAUAUUUAAUGCUGAAAUUGAGCCACAGCCACAAGACCCAUCACAUGGGUCAUUAGGGCCUAAUCAGUCACAAGACACACUACCUCUUGAUCAAUCACUUGGCCCAUCAGCUAAUCGUUCAAGUGCCCUAUUAGUGCCUCAACCUCAAGCAAAUGAUAAUUCAGAUGAGGAAUCUACAAAUAUAGAUGUUCAAAUUACAGAUCGUGCAGGUGUACGUAGCACACGUGGGAUAACACGUAUGUCUGAGAUAUGGAAUUUAACUGAUGGGAAAAAGGUUGAGUUGUCUUUUAAUGGUUGUUUUCAGCCAGUUGAACGUGAAGGUAUUAUUUUUAAUCGAUUUGUGGGCACUGUUGCAAGAAAGCCAAAUUUAUGUCCAAUUAGUUAUCUUAAUUGGCGUAAAGUACCUAAUGACUACAAAGAAAAAAGUUGGACUAUUAUUGAGUCAAAAUUUCACAUUUCCAAAAAUGAGGAAGAAAGAAAGAUCAUCAAACGUCAGACUUUAAAGGGUUUGGGUGAAAAGUGGAGGAAUUGGAAGUGCGCCUUGAAAGCAAAGCAUUAUGAUGAGUCAAAAACUGCGGCAGGGAUAGUAGCUGAGGCCCCAAGUACAGUGAAUCGCCAAGAUUUUGCUACACUUGUAAACUUUUGGUUUAGUAGAGAUGGACAGGAACGUAGUAAGGCUGGUAAGAAAGCCAGUAAAAAGAAAAAAGAUGUACACACUGCGGGAUCAAAAUCUUAUGCACAACAUGCCUUUGAUAUGUUCAAAAAAGAUGGGGUUGCACCAAAUCGAGGGAAGCUAUAUGUAAAGCUUCACAAAAAAAAGGAUGGGAUGCCAGUUAAUGAGGAUGCAAGUGAGAAAAUUGACAAACUGAAAGAGUUAAUGAGUCAAGAAGCUAGUGACUUGCCUGAAGGUGCAAAUGGAAGUAUAGCAUGGUCUUCCACAGAUGCGUUUUCUAAGGUAAUGGGUAAAGAGAAACAUGGUCGUGUGCGGGGUUUAGGAUUCGGGCCAACUCCUUCUAACCAAAGUGGCUCAAAAAAUAGCUGUUAUGGAGGGAUGAGGAUAACUAGUGAAGAAGAGAGGUUGAAAGAUGAUAAGAUACGUCGCUUGACAGAUAAAGUAUCAACCUUAGAAGAUAAGUUGGCAAUGGUUAUGCAGCAUAUUCAACUCCCUGCUAAUGCUGAUUUACAGGUUAUAAAUAUGUGA